AUGGACCAGGACAACAAGACUGAGAUGCGCCUGGAAAGGCCCCCAGCGGGGAAAGGAACGCGCAAGAAGUUCACGAAGCCGCCCGUCAAGGUUGCUUGUCUAUCAUGUCGAGCCUCCAGAAUUAGAUGCGACGGAAAGGACCCAUGCUCUGGUUGCACCCUCAAGGGAAAAGAUUGCAGUUAUUUACCAAGUAGACGCGGCGGUCCGCGAAAGAAGAAGGUCAUUCCGGCAGCAUCAGUAGCGAUGGAAUCUUCGGAAAGUAAAAUAUGGAGCGUUGUCCAUCCGAUUCCUCGGCUUGACGAAGAACUAUUCAACCAAGUUGACACGCUUGCCGUUCCUGGCGCCGGUCUCAGAGCACUCGAUUUUCCCAACGAAGUCCAGUCAAUGCUUGAAGGCCUCUUUAUGCCGGGAUCCUCUGCUUCUUAUCCGGCUUUGGCCUCAGAACCUGUGCCAACACCCCUCCCUCCGUCGGCCCCGACUAGAGUUAGGGUCUACGGAAGCGAACAAGACAUAUUGAAUGGUUAUUACACAUUUAUUCACGAUUAUUUCCCAGUGUUCCCUCCCCCCCACGCACCGCAAGGCUUGGAUUCACCCCUGGAGCUUCCUUCAAGCCCGGAUAUGACAUCUGAUAACCCGCCACUUGUUUAUCAUCCGAAAUCACCGGUUACCUUAGCCAUUUCGGCGGUGCUCGCGCGUGUUCCGCACCCAGCAGAUCCGGAUCCGUCUUCGUCGGAGUCUAUAUUGAUAAGACGCGCAUAUUCUCAUAGAUUUGCCCGUGCCGCGCUAGAUAGCGUGGAAGCAGAGUCAGAAUUGACUGAAUCUUGUGAUAGUCCUGCGCAAGCGCUCCUCAAUGAGCAACCGAUACCCAAAAGACUUCCAGUGCACCCAAACACGCCCGUUGAACUGGAGAGCAUUCUGGCGCUGCUUAUCCUCAGCGUUUAUGAAUAUACACAGCGAGGUAACCUUGUUAAAAUGCGGAACCGUGCUGGCGAGGCAUAUGUCAAGGCUCUCAAUAUGUCACUUCACACACAAGGCAGGGAAGAUGAUAUUUUUGCUGAAGCAAGACGGAGAGCGUGGUGGAUGACAUUUUACUGCGUUUGUCAGGGCUCAAUCGUUAGUAACACGGCUCCCGCAAUCCUCGUGACGGACCCUCACUUUGUCACCCCAUUGCCCCUUUUUUCUGCUGAUUCUGAUGCAUGGGCUGUACUAGUCCAAGCGCAGCAAGUUCUCGUUUCUGCAACGCAAUACGUGUGUGACCUCAAUCGUGCUCUAAGGGGCCGCGCCGAUAUGUCUCGCAUAUAUGAGAGAGUGAAGAAGCUGGAUUUUUGGGCUUUAGCUGCCCUCUCCCAAGCUAAUAUUCAUCCCCCACCACAUGUUUCUGCGCUUGAUGCGUAUCGUUCAGAGGCGAUCACUGCAAAUAGCGUCAGGGCAAUUGCGCGAAUAAAAAUCAGCAGUGCUCGUAUCAAAAUUCAUCGGUUCCGCGCCUUCUUAGAUAUACCGAUUUUUAUAAAAAAGCACUGUGACCUUACAUGCGCGAGUAUCGGUUCCGCAGAUACAGAAAGCACGAGCACCGAACAGCGAGCAGAUUCUAAAGUUUCAUGUUGCAGUGCCAGUUUAUCUCAAGUGCCGACUCCUAGCGAUAUUUCGCCGUCUGUUUCCCCUCCCGCCUCAGAUGCAUCGACAUACUCCUGGGUAUCCGAAGAAUCUUUCCCAUUCUCCAAUUACGAUUCGACCAGUAUAUGCCUUGAAUCUGCCCUUACUAUUGCUCAGAUGUUUGACAGUCUGCCGUACCCACACCCUCCCUACGGAGACAGACCACCUGGAGGCUUUACUCCAUCAUGUGACCCGAUGCCGCGCACAAUGCCUUCAUUCGCUUGCUGUGCUAUGCAAAGUAGCUAUGCUAUGCUCAUGUUAUACUACAAAUCUUGCAUCACAAAACAUAAUGCGGAAAACACUCCAUUGAGCAAUACAGAUCAGCUACGUGAACGGCUUCGGCAUGGAUUGAGAUGCGUGAUUGACGCAGUCAAGAACUAUGCAAUUGCUUUCGAGGCGUUAGAUGGGAUGAGAGAUGAAAUCGAAGGAGCCUUUUUGACGGCGUUUCCACAACCGUAACCUUGAAUGGUCCCUGUCCCAAGAUGCAGAACGUCUAUCGAGCUCUGCUCAUGGUUUUCUUCACUGUCGAAUAGAGACACUACGCUGCUUUCCGACUUCUAGCCCCUAACAUCACCGAGGGCCAGCGAAACAAAUUCUUUACAGGUCAACCAGCUCCGCCAAUGUACAGCCAUUAGACAAUAAUCCUACACGUGAUAAAAAGAUACCCUAUA